AUGUUCCGGUUCCUCCUCGUUGUGAUUUCCUCGAUUUCACUCUCCGGAGCGAUUCAGAGUCCAGAGAAUAUCAGUUCAAGACGCAGUCAAAAUACGGUCAACUUUUUCCCCGAUGACACCAGAGAGAAUUACAACACUGCACACGGUGUUAAUGCCAACGAUGUCUCGCCAUUCCGCUUCCAAGAUGAUCAGGGGGAUUUGAAUCAAAAUGAGAUUCUGGUGUCACCAGCUCAGAAAUUUCAGCAAUCGCCAUACCAGAGACCGCAAUCCCCGUAUUACUCGUCUCAGUAUGCUAAUCCCGCCGUCACCCAUAAUCUCCGGCCAAACCCCUACGCCGGCUCAUAUGGGUACUACAACCCCGACCAGGAGGACAGGGAGGAGGGUCGUCCUCAGACACACUAUCCCUAUCAGCAGAGGCCUCAAUUGGGGCCCAACUAUGCGGCUCAGUUCGCCAGCUACUAUCGUCCCGGCGGCGUCAGGGCCAACUUUCCCGGCAACUUUCAACAGGUGGGCGGAAGUCCACCGUAUGACAACAGACGACCACUGGCAGAUGUGGGUGUGCAGUUUGGGCAAGCCAUCGAGAACAUUGCGCGCUACGACGAUUUGCAGUGUGUGCCGAAAAUACUUUGCCAAAUGGUGGGAAAUCCCAACAGACAAUCCAGCCUCCCGUCUUUUCUCAGUGCACCAUCGCUAACAGCUUUAAUUUCAGCACUUCCUUCUACAUCCCCGGCACUGAUUUUUGGGCGUGCAGCACUCCUCGGUUUCAGCGGCGGUGAAAGUCGAUGCGAUUCCGCGUACCCGAGGUGUCCCAGAAAUGAGGAUGAAGUUCUCAAUUACCUCAAUAAUCAUCGAGGAGGUUUCUUCAGGUUUUUCAACGGAGGAGCGAGUUUUGGCGAGGACCUGCCAAAUUACCAGCAAAACUAUAGACCAACCUAUCAACAACAAGGAAAUUAUCAAACCCCGUCAUAUCAGCAAACCCAGCAGCCAAGUUUUGAUUUGAACUCUUUACAAACACUACUUCAAGGAGGCAGUCAGAGUCAAGGCAUUAACUUGAGCAAUCUAGGACUCAAUCAAGGUUCCAACACCAUCAAUCUAGGCAGUUUAGCCUCACUCAUCGGAGCAGGCGGUGGAGGUCAGAGUUCUGGAGCUAGUACUUUAAGCUCUUUGAGUUCUCUGGCAUCCUUGAUCGGAGGAUCUGACAGUCAGAGUCAAUCAAGUGGUUUGAGCCAACUCGCAGGAAAUCUUUUAACUGGAUUAGUUGGGGCUCGAUUUGCUGGAAGAUCAAACACUAGGAGAAGAAUCAGUAAACGACACAUUGAUGACAAGCUUGGUGAAGGCUUCAACAAUAGUGGGGAGCUGAAUAAUUUACUGAAAAGCUUUUCAGAACAAUCAAAGCCAGAUGCUAGAAUCACAAGCAAGAAAAGGAAUUUGAAUGAUGAAUUAGGAGACUUGAGCAAUGUUAAAGUUGAUCAGAAGAAGAAGAAAUAUCAUGGAGAGGACGUGAAGAAGGAUUAUGUGAAAACAUUGCAGAAGCUAUUGAAUACAGAAUCUCGGAUUGUCAAGUUGGAUACGAGCAAGGAGAUAAAGGCUCAGGAUAGAAUUUUCACCAGCGGCGAGAGUCUUGAAGCGGAGGAUAGGAUUAUGAAUAUUGCUCAAAUGCCAAGUAUUCAUCAACUUACUACUUUUAAUCCCAUUGCUUUUCCGCAAGAGUACCUGUACGUGUCAUCAGAUGAAUCUAAUAGGGUUCCAAAGUUGGUCAGCUUUGGUCCUCCAUCAAGUCUGGAGUUUCCGAAUCAGUUUCAAUUUGAGACAAGUGAGCUGAAUUUACCACAGAAAUUCUUCCCGGAACCAUUCCAAAAUUCAGACGGAAUCAUUCUGGACAUACCUAAACCUCUACCCUUAGAAUACUACGAUCGAACGAAGAUGAUUUUUCCGGAUAGGACAGGAACGGGAAAUUUGCGUUUUGAUAACGAAUUCUUUGGAUCUGAGAAUAUUCAUGGCAAUCGUUUUGGACGCAUUUUAACUGGUCUGAAGAGACCUCAAAUCGGCACUCAUACAGGAUUUGCCGGAAAUGGCGCUAGCACAAUUACGUACAGCAAUGGGGACAUCCUUGUCUUUCAUCAAAAUCGUUUGCAGGGCUUGCAGCAACAAUAUCCAAUUAAUUUCCACGGUCAGAAUUUAGCCUCUACCAGUCAAAGCUACCAAUAUCCUCAGGUUAGCAGUACUUAUCCUACUAGGAGUGACAGUGGAAAUAUUUACGUCACAAAUUCUCUGGGAGUCAAUGAGUACUACAUUAAUGCACAGGGCCAGAAGAUUCGACUGUGAGAAAGCGUGGAAAGAGAGCUUCUUAUUUAAUAAUUUAUCAUUCCCAAGAGUGUGGAAAACUCAUGUCAUCUGCUGUCAACCCUGAAAGCUAACUAAUCCACCACAAUGAUUCAGAUUUCACAGCAAACUGUAAUUUUAGGGAAAUA